AUGCCUUCCUCUCAGAUUCAACAAAAGACCCAGCCAUGGAAGAAAUUUUGGCCACCACAAGUCGACGCCGCUUCUCCUCAAGCCAAACAGACUCCGGAGGAGAUGAACCUCCAACGAUCCUACGGAACGCACGCUUCCAACACUAAAGGCAAAAUCUUUGCCAUUGAUAACAAGCCUAAGUACAUCGUAGCCACUUGA